AUGAGGUGGCUCAUUGCAUUGGGGCUGCUCGGGUUGGGCUCAAGGGCGGCCGAUGUCAGCGAUUGGAAACAACAACAAGGAGUCACUGGUGAAGUGCUAAACACGGAGCAAGAUUUCCCAUGUUAUUCCCUUUCUCGUGACAACUAUACCUGCUCGGCGUGCAUUCAACAACAUGACUCAUGCGCUUGGUGCGGUGCUCCGCUUUUCGACUCAAAGAAAAUGUUCCCUCGAUGUGAUAGCAAGGCUCGUUUAUUAACGAAUGGAUGUCCUGAAUUCGACAUUGAAUCACCGACUACAACUUUGGAAGUUGUUGAGGAUGAACCACUAUCCGAUCAAGGCACCGUCGACAAAGAGGAAGAAGCCGUUCAAUUAAAACCGCAAGUGAUGAAGGUCGAGAUUCGACCGAAAUCUCGAGUCCGUUUCUUUUGUAACUUAUCGUCAAGCCGU